AUGUUUUGUCAAAGAGUGCAUUUCAACUUUGGUUUCUUGAAAGAUGGGCAAUUCAUGCGCCAUCUUUCACCGCCUCGUGCUCUUCAGCGGAGGGCGUUUUCUAGCCAGCGACCCGAUGCAAACAAUCCUGAAAACGCGCUGUCGGACGUCAAGGCAAAGCCAAAAGCAACUACUCCUCUUCGUCGGUCUGCGUCAGCUUCUUUGCCGAUACGCUCCAAUCCGACGCCAACCCGGGGGGAAAUCCAACCUGUAUUUACCCUUGCAACUUCUGAACGAUAUUUGCUUUCGCGGUUGCGCGGACAUAGCAAUCUUCCACCCCGCGCACAGGCACUCCACGAGUCGUGGUGGGUGCCGAAAUGGGGUCAGGAUGGUAAAGAGGGAGAGGUGUUCGUUUUUUCCAACGGUAGUUUUGUGUGUUGGGGAUUAGGGGAAGACGAAGCCAAGAGGUUCGCUGUUGAAGUGAUUGGAAACGCCCCUGGAAUUGAGGUAGAGCCUUUGAAAGAGCCCGAGACGGAGGGGCUGGAAUUUGUGGUUGACCCUAUCGAAAAAACGCGACUCCAGGGUGAUUUGAUCAUUCUUGGGCAGACUUCGCCUGUCAACGAGGAUGACUUGCUCCCUAAAAAUCUUCCACCCAUGGCGUUCCCGACAGACACUCUUCUCGCGCGUUACGCGUUCUCUCAAGCCCUGUCCCGAUCUACGGCGCUUUCUGCGCUUGAGGUUUCCUUGGACGACUACCUAACGUCCAUGGCCCGACUUCCUCAUGCCCUGGCGCAAACUGGAAAGCCUGGCAUGGGACGAACACAGUUGAUCAAGAAACUGGGUGAACUCAUGAAAUUCAGACAAGGGUUGAACUUGAAUAGGGAAAAUUUCAGCGAAACACCGGACUUUUACUGGGCUGAGCCAGAGCUGGAGCGUUACUUCAAGUCUCUAAGCAACGCUCUAGAAGUCAGGGCUCGGAUAGACUCUGUCAACGAGAAAAUCACGUAUGCCGCCGAGGUUCAAUCAAUGCUACGACAACUCCUUACCGAGUCUUCGACUCAUUCGAUGGAACUGAUUAUUAUCGCCCUCAUCGCGGUGGAAGUUGUCAUCGCGAUAAUCCGUGAUGGACCUGAGCUGUGGGAAAUGAUUGUAGGACCUAAAGAGAAGACGGAGAAAGAUGACGCAAAGUUUGCCUUGCAAGGAUGA